GCCCACCCCCUCCCGCUUCUCCUCUGCUCCCCCCGCCCGGGCCGGGUUCCGUUCAGGAAAUGGCCCGGGAUGAGGUCCCCAGCUGCUUCCCAGCCGGGGCAGCGCUUCCUCCGCCGCCCGGGCUCCUCCUCACGCGCCGCCUGGAGCGCCUUUGUCCGGCUGAUCGAGGCUCUCCCCGAGGAACCGCUGGCAAACCGCUGGCGACGGCCCUGCGAGGACCGUUUCCCGGCUUCACCGACUCCGCAACUUUUCACUUGCUUUGAGACCGUGGAAUGUAGGCGGGGGAGAGGAGAAGCCAGGCUGCGCGGUCAGCGUGGGGAGUCGGAGGAGCCCGGUUUUCCCUGUCGAGACCGCGCCCUGGUCGUCACCUGGGCGCGCAGGUUCCCGGGGACACGCGCUUGGAGAGGCUGAGCGCGGCGCGGAGCCCAGAACCACGCCUCCGACUCCUUCCAGCCGCUAAAGCUUGGGCGUCUGGAGAGUGCAACGGGUUUUGCCCGGGACGAAGCAGAAAGCUGACUUCGCUUUCGCCUGGGAUUUCGCUGCACACGCAACGCGGAGGUUGAGUAAUUUUAGGAACCAAGAGUAGUGUGUGUGCGUGUCUUAAGUGUGCGAGGAUAAGGAGGAAGAGACCAGGGGGCUUUAGGAUUUGUUCCCUCAAACUCCCUCAACUUCCUUCUCUCUUCCGAUUCAAACAGAACCGUCUCACAUCCCUCCAGGGAUUCUACCCCGGAAUCCCCCUCUCACUCAGAGCUCUGGAAGCCUGUGUGGGCUGCCUUUUCCCUGGCGUCGAAUUUUGGCCCUCCACGCCCUGCCUCGAUAUUUGCUACUCCUUCUUGGUUGACAUUGUGAGCCAGUCUGAAAAGCCCCGUCCGAAAUUUCUGGCCUCACCCAUGUUCCGGUCAACGUGUUGGGAUGCUGUUUUCCCAGGGACUCUCCUGAGUCUGCUCAGGCCGGCCCUCUGCCUGUUGAGAGCCGCUAGGUCAGGUGCCAGGGUUGGCUGUCCUUUUUCUUUUCUAGUAUAUACGCUCUCAGCUCCUUUGCCCAGAGUACCUCCUUUGCCCAGAGUACCUCCUUUGCCCAGAGUACGUUUCUCGGCCUGAUUCCUGACCUUUCAGAAGCGUCCUUCGACUCUGAUCCCUCUGCAUCUGCAGCUGUCUUUGCUUUCGUGAAUUUGAACAUGUCGUCAGGUUGCCCAUCUGCUCUUGUUUCUUCCAUUGUGGUUAUCACGGGGGCUUAAGCUAGUCUCCAAAUUAAAAAUACAAUCCAGUUUUGAAGUUUAAAUCAAAGAUCAUUGAGAACUAAAUUCAGUGACUUUACUUUUAAACUUUCCUGUAGGAACCUGGAUACUUUAAGCCAACACCAAUCACAAUGGAAAUAUACGGGUGUAUGUGUUUUGCUUUAGGCUGCUGAUGUCAGAACUACUUAACAUUUAGAAAAUUAGAGAACUUUUUUUUUCUUCUCAAAAGUGACAAGUAAAAUGCUCAUUUAUUUUCCACAGAAAAUAUUCAGUUUCCAGUCUUAGCACUGGAGCUUUUAAAACUAGAGCCCUAACAUAAAUGUGUGAAUGGACUACAAUACUUUAUUCAGACUGCAGAGCCAUCUUUUAAAAAUUAGGUUUAUUUUCUUUAAACACUGAAGGCCUUUUCAUUUGCUCUGCACCUAUUUUCAUUCCGCACCUAUUAUGUUCCGGGACUGUUGGAUAGCAGUUACCAACAACAGAGAAACAGAUCCUUGACCUCAGAAAGCUAACGUUCUUAACUAAACAGAAUGUCUUGUUUCAUAUAUGUUAAUGGUUUACAAUCAGAAAGUCACAAAAAAUACAUUCAGAGGUCAUGGGUAUGUGGCAUAAAAUAAUACUUUUUACAAGCGACUUUAUUCUAAACCCUGUGGUCAUACAGAUAUGACCAAGUCCAUCGAAGAACUAAUGAAGGGAAUUUUUAUUUAACUUCUUAAAAAAGACAAUUUAUCCAAAUUACUAAAAAGUGGCAUAUAAAGAUAAAUGUGGGAUACAUUAGGGAAAAAAGUAGUGUUUAAAUGUUAAACCUUUCAGGCAUUUGGAGCAAGGGGAAAAGGGGGUGGAGAGACAGAUUAAAUAUGUUUUGAAGGGACACAAAAUCCAUCAAAAUUGGGGAUUUGUGACCUUUUUUGGGGUCAGCAGUCCCUUUAAGAAUCUGAUCAAAGCUAUGGACCCUUUUUCCCUCAAACAUGCACUUAUGUGACAUAUAUGUUACAUACAUAUGUUUUAUAUAUGUAUUGAUGUGUGUGUAUAUAUAUAUGUAAAACAUUUUAAUACAGUUUCAAGAGUACCACAGAUUUCUUUAAGACCAGUCUGUGGAUCCUCAAAGACCUCAGGUUAGGAAUACCUGCUUUGACUUGGACUCCAUUUCAAAGUUUUUUUAAAAUUUAAAAACUUUUUUGUUUUGUUUUUUUUGAGACAGGGGCUUGCUGUGUUGCCCAGGCUGGAGUGCAGUGGUGUGAUCGUAGCUCACUGCAGCCAGGAGGGAUCCUCCCGUCUCAGCCUCCUGAGUAGCUAGGACUACAGGCACAUGCCACCAUGCUGGGCUCAUUUUGGAUUUUUUUUGUAGAGGUGGGAUCUGCCCAGGCUGGUCUCAAACUUGUGGCCUUAAGAGAUCCUCCUGACAUGGCAUCCCAAAGAGCUAGGAUUACAGGUCAGAGUUAUGUAAAAUUUGCUUUUUAAAUUCAAAUAUAGGCAACUUAAUGCUUUACCAUAAAAGUAUGCUCAUCUACAUUUAUGAAAAGGAAUGUUCAAUACUGAACAAUAUUGAAUACGCUUAAUAUUCAUUCUGUUCAAUAAUGAACAGAUCCUGUUGCAUUAUCCCUUACGGGAUAACAUAAGGGCGUGUACAUAUAACAAUAGCAUGCAUGUAACCAUUUACUCUCCUCAUUGUUUGAGGCAGUGUCUCACUGUGUCACCCAGGCUGGAGUGCAGGGGCCUGAUUCUCAGCUCACUGCAACCUUUGCCUCCUGGGCUCAAGCAAUUCUCCUACCUCAGCCUCCCGAGUAGCUGGGACUAUAGGUGCUUGCCACCAUGCCGGGCUAAUUUUGGCAUUUUCUUGUAUAAAUGGGCGUGGUGGUGCGCACCUAUAGUUCUAGAUAUGUUGCCCAGACUGGUCUUGAACUCCUGGGCUCAAGCGAUCUGCCCACCUCAGCCUCCUAACGUGCUGGGAUUACUGGCAUGAGCCACUGCACCUGGCCUCUCCUCAUUCAUUUUUGAUGGAACCUAAAACAUGAUGGUGUGAUUCUGCGUGGAACUAUUCAGGCAGAAGAGUAAACACAGUAUCAGGAAUUGAUGCUGACAAACAGUAAAGAGAACAGCACUUCUUUCUUUUUUUUCUUUUUCUUCUUCUUUUUUUUUUGAGACAGUCUCACUCUGUUGCCCAGGCUGGAGUGCAGUGGCGCCAUCUUGGCUCACUGCAACCUCCGCCUCCUGGAUUCUCCUGCCUCAGCCUCCCAAGUAGCUGGGAUUACAGGCGUGUGCCACCAUGCCUGGCUAAUUUUUUGUAUUUUUAGUAGACACGGGGUUUCACCUUGUUAGCCAGGAUGGUCUCGAUCUCCUGACCUCGUGAUCCGCUCGCCUUGGCCUCCCAAAGUUUUGGGAUUACAGGAGUGAGCCACUGCGCCCGGCCCAGCACUUCUUUCUUAAAACGCAGCCAUGUUGAGCUGUUGCUGAACUUUACGACACGAUUGGGAGAUGAACUGAAGUUAGUUAGUUAAGCGAACCAUUUAAAUAAACGAUCAGCCUUAUCAUUUUGGCUAAGUCAUUGGGCCUAAAGAAGAUAAAUUUUAGCAUUCUAAGUUUCUGUGUAUUUUCUUUAAUGCUAGCUUUGAAAUGCAAUUAAAUUUCAGUGGAAAUAGAGGCAUAACCUAAAUUUCUAAUCAAUUAAAAAAUACUUUAGUGGUGGGCAUGGAUGGGUAGAAAGAUAUUUAGCCAAACAAGCCUUACUGGGGGGAAAAUAGGUAGUUAGAAUUCUAGCCAACACUUCAAAAAUGUGGAAGUAUUUACAAAGUAGUCCUUAGUUGGGGGAUGCUAGAGUACACUUAUUAAAAUUUGCUUUUGGUGCUGUGGCUUAUGCCUGUAAUCCCAACACUUUGGGAGGCCGAAGUGGAAGGAUCUCUUGAGGCCAGGAGUUUGAGACCAUCCUGGGGAAGAUGACCAGGGGAAGAUGAUGUCUAAAUAACAACAACAACAACAAAACUAGCCAGGACUGGUGAUGCAUGUGUGUAGUCCCAGGUAUCCUGUGACUACCCUGGGAGGCUGAUGCCAGAGGAGCCUUUGAGCCCAGAGUUUAAGGACGCAGUGAGCUGUGAUUGGCCAUUGCACUCCAGCCUGGGCAAAAGAGCAAGACUUUGUCUCUAAAAAAAGAAAAAAAAUUUGCUUUAUUUUGAAAUGGUUUUAUACUAGUUAGCGCUGAUAAAACUAUCCAGGUCGAAAGGAAAAUUAGGAAGGAAAGAGUUUCAAAGGAUAGGGCCAAAAUGUAAAUGAGAGGUUAUAAACAUCUUUGCAUUAGGUCUAGAUGAUGAAAGGUUUUUGCCUCGGAUACAAGGAUGACCAUAUGUAUAUGCAGUUAAUAUCACAGUUAAUCCCCAAAUCUUUUUCAUUCAGGUAACAACUAAGGAAAUGGUAAUAGGUUAAAAGUUUUGAAUGUUAAAUUCUUAAUAUGUAGCAAAUAGCGUGUUCUUAAGUUUUAAUUAAGGCAGCUUCUCAAUGCCUGUACUUGGUCAACCUGCAGUAUUCUUUGAUUGCAUGAUUCCUUAUUGAUUAGGAACACAAGUCCUAGAACACUUUGAACUCUUCAGGAUAUAAAAUGUAACAUUCUGCAUAUUUAUGGUGUAAUAUUUAAGAUAAAGCCAUAGAAUAUGUGAGAUUUGAAAGUUGCCAAUGGGUAUAAAACCCCUUUUGUUAUGAGUAGUGAUCAGUAAAAAUAUAAUUCAAAAUACCUCUGUAGAAAAUAAUACAUGAAUAUUCAUAAAGUUGACAUGAAAUUUGGCUGUGACUUACACAUCUUCAGUCUAAUAGGUGUUCUUUGUUUUAAUGGGCCAGGAUCUCUAUUAAGUAAAAACCUAAUUUAGGGGUAGCUACCACCUAUUUCCAUUUCACCCUAAAUGCAGUGUCUACACAGCUUAUGUUGAAGUCUUUAAUAGUGUGUUUGUCACAUGUUCUGAACAGAGAUUUCAAAGUAACAAUAAAAAUGUAAGAUGCAUCUAAGCAAUUAUUGAAAAAUCUGAAAUCACUAAGUAAGGAAAAGAUCAAGGAAUUCUUAUAAAUCAAAUAAAUAAUGUAAGAUACCACAUAUUUGAAAUUGUUUCAGUUGCUAUUUUGAGCUACAUGGUUGAAAUGGUUGGAAAGAUUGAGACCUUGACCUUGUAAUACUUUUGAGGAAGGUGAAGUACAUUGCAGGUACACAGUGCACAAAUUAGAUAUUCAUUCUAAAAACUUCUAAUUUACAGAUAAGACCGAGAAGAGGCUAGUAAGUCAGGUAUCUUAAAUAACGGAUUCGUUGAAACUGGCUCUUCAGAAGAGGUGAUUGCAGAAGUGCAAAGCUGGCUCUGAGGUUAAAUCUUUAUGAGAAAGGAAUACCUUUACUUUGAGGUAUUAAUGGCUGAGCUCUGGGAUAUGAAACUUUUUAAGUAUCUUUAAGCAAUCAGUGUUAGAAUCAAAGAGUGAGAUGCGUAAUCUGACCUGUUAAAAUCACAAAAUCAGGCUGGGCAUUAGAUAAUGCCUUUCAGUUUAAUCACUCGCUGCCUGGAUUCUGGAAAAUGUUGCUAUAUAAAACACAUAAUGUAUGAAUAGAAGUAUAUGGUAACUGACAGACUUUUGUUAUACAGUGUGAUAAAGUGAAUAGAACAUUAGAAUACUAACCGCAUGAUUUUGACUUUGGUCCCAGUUUGUCAGUUGGGGCCUUAGUUUCUUUACAUUAAAGGAGAGGACUAAACUAAGUUUAUUCUUUCAAAAGACCCUUUACUAGGUGUCCUUGUCUACAUUUCCAAAAUAUUGGACUUGUCCAUGACCAAACAGGUGGGAAUGAAGGCCAUUAUUUUGAUUAUUUUUCUCUUUUAAGAAUUUCCAGAAAUAUGUUCUUUGUAGAUAAAGAAUUACAUAUUUGUAGAGCUCUAAGCGUUCUUAAAAUUCAUUUUGCCCAACUCCUUCCUUUCCUAAAGGAGACAACAGAAGCUGCAGAAAUAGCCUCUCUGUUAUUAUUACAUAGUGGCAGUCUCCUGUCUUUAAAUAUUUGAACUAAACACAUUUUACAUUUUAAUGAAUUUAAUUUACAAUGUGAUGUCCAGUAUUGGGAUUGCAUACUAUUUCUUAAAACUUCUUAGAACUGUUAGCUCUAAUAAAUCAAAUUUCUUGUUGGGAGUAAGACUGCAAGUUAAAAAAAAAAUAGAACCUUAGUUUGGAGGAACCUUAAAGGUCAUGUCAACUGAAAAAAUACGAAAGGAAUUGGUACUGAAAGGCAUGAACAUAACAGAGAUUGAAUGCUUUCUCCAGGUGGAGAGACUCCAGUCUGGCAGGGACUUUUUGUCCUAUUUAAAAAUAUAGCUAACACCAGUUUGGUGUUCUCUUUGGAUGACAAGAGGGAUCUGUCGUUUUAAUGUCUUCUCUCGCAGCUCCCUCACACCUGUGAGGCUUCUUUGACGUUGAGCGUGCACAACCCGCUGCCAGUCCGCGGUUCCCAAGUGCCCGCGCAGCCAGCUUGCAGGGGAGUUGUGCGCGGUGGCUACAGCCUGUUGAUCCCAUUUCCUCCUGCUCUAGUCCGGGCUAGGGAGUGGCUCUGCCAGGACUUCCAAGGCUUUUUGUCUCGGGUACUGGUGUUCGCAUGGCUCGAGUGUAUUGUUUUCUUCCAGGCAAUCUCGGUUAGCGCUUCAGCUUGGACACUUCUUGUGCGUUCUGUCGUCUUGGGCUGCGUGUAGUCUCUUGUUUCUGCGCUUUCUCCAAGCCCUUCCCAGUUUCCUGUUAGCCGAAGGGGAUCGCUCUUUCUGAACGAAAAGUUCUCAGAGCGGAGCUGAACCUCCCGGAAAAUGCUCUUCUCUUCCGUGUGCGCCGGAUGGGGGUGGGGGUGGGCCAGAAACUGAACGCCGCAGUCAGGAGAGCUGAGAGGACCCGACGGCCCUGGCGGAGGCGGGAGAGGAGUCGGAGAGGAUGGCAGGAGCCGGAGGCCAGCACCACCCUCCGGGCGCCGCUGGAGGAGCGGCCGCCGCAGCCGGCGCCGCGGUCACCUCCGCCGCUGCCUCGGCGGGGCCGGGAGAGGAUUCGUCUGACAGCGAAGCGGAGCAAGAGGGACCCCAGAAACUGAUCCGCAAAGUGUCCACCUCGGGGCAGAUCCGGACCAAGACCAGUAUUAAAGAGGGACAGCUAUUGAAGCAAACCAGUUCUUUCCAAAGGUGGAAAAAGCGAUACUUCAAACUUCGAGGCCGCACCCUUUACUAUGCAAAGGACUCAAAGUCUCUGAUAUUUGAUGAAGUUGACCUCUCAGAUGCUAGUGUAGCUGAAGCAAGCACGAAAAAUGCUAACAACAGCUUCACGAUCAUCACUCCAUUCAGAAGGUUAAUGCUGUGUGCUGAGAACAGAAAGGAGAUGGAGGAUUGGAUCAGCUCACUGAAGUCUGUACAGACCAGAGAACCCUACGAGGUGGCCCAGUUUAAUGUGGAACAUUUCUCAGGGAUGCACAACUGGUACGCCUGCUCCCACGCCCGACCCACCUUCUGUAACGUGUGCAGAGAGAGUCUUUCUGGAGUCACCUCCCAUGGCCUGUCCUGCGAAGUGUGUAAAUUCAAGGCUCACAAAAGAUGUGCAGUGAGAGCAACAAAUAACUGUAAAUGGACUACCCUGGCCUCCAUCGGGAAGGACAUUAUAGAAGAUGAAGAUGGCGUCGCGAUGCCUCACCAGUGGCUUGAGGGCAACCUGCCUGUAAGUGCCAAGUGUGCUGUCUGCGACAAAACGUGUGGCAGUGUUCUCCGUCUACAGGAUUGGAAAUGCCUUUGGUGUAAGACAAUGGUACACACUGCCUGCAAAGAUUUAUACCAUCCAAUAUGUCCACUUGGUCAAUGUAAAGUAUCUAUCAUACCUCCAAUUGCACUAAACAGCACCGAUUCCGAUGGUUUCUGUAGAGCAACAUUUUCGUUCUGUGUUAGUCCUCUAUUGGUUUUUGUCAAUUCUAAGAGUGGAGAUAAUCAGGGAGUAAAGUUCCUUCGUCGCUUUAAACAGUUGCUAAAUCCGGCUCAGGUGUUUGAUUUAAUGAAUGGAGGUCCUCAUUUAGGUUUAAGAUUAUUUCAGAAGUUUGACAAUUUCCGGAUUCUUGUUUGUGGAGGCGAUGGAAGUGUAGGUUGGGUUUUGUCAGAAAUCGAUAAGCUCAACUUGAAUAAACAGUGUCAGCUGGGAGUGUUGCCUUUGGGUACAGGAAAUGACCUUGCCCGAGUUCUUGGCUGGGGAGGUUCAUAUGACGAUGACACCCAACUUCCUCAGAUCCUAGAGAAACUGGAACGAGCCAGUACCAAAAUGUUGGACAGGUGGAGUAUAAUGACAUAUGAACUCAAAUUGCCACCAAAAGCUUCCCUACUUCCAGGACCUCCAGAAGCAUCUGAAGAAUUUUAUAUGACGAUUUAUGAAGACUCAGUUGCAACGCAUCUUACAAAAAUCCUCAAUUCUGAUGAACAUGCAGUGGUCAUAUCUUCUGCCAAGACGCUAUGUGAAACUGUAAAGGACUUCGUUGCCAAAGUAGAAAAGACGUAUGACAAAACCUUGGAAAAUGCCGUUGUAGCUGAUGCCGUGGCCAGUAAAUGUUCAGUCCUAAACGAGAAGCUCGAACAACUGCUGCAGGCUUUGCACACAGAUUCCCAGGCUGCGCCUGUUCUCCCUGGCCUCAGCCCUCUCAUUGUGGAAGAAGAUGCUGUGGAAUCGUCCAGUGAAGAGUCCCUGGGUGAAAGCAAAGAGCAGCUUGUGGAUGACGUUACAAAACCUUCCUCCCAGAAAGCCGUCAAACCAAGGGAAAUCAUGUUGCGGGCAAAUAGUUUAAAGAAAGCAGUGAGGCAAGUCAUUGAGGAAGCCGGAAAAGUUACGGAUGACCCGACAGUUCACCCCUGUGAACCAGCUAAUCAGUCCUCUGAUUAUGACAGCACAGAAACAGAUGAAUCUAAGGAGGAAGCUAAAGAUGAUGGUGCCAAAGAAUCAAUAACUGUUAAAACUGCACCUCGGUCUCCAGAUGCCCGGGCAAGUUAUGGCCAUUCCCAAACUGAUUCUGUCCCUGGUCCAGCUGUGGCAGCCAGCAAAGAAAACCUCCCUGUGCUCAAUACCAGAAUAAUCUGCCCAGGUUUAAGAGCAGGACUGGCUGCCUCAAUUGCUGGGAGUUCGAUUAUCAACAAAAUGUUACUGGCAAACAUUGAUCCUUUUGGUGCCACGCCGUUUAUUGACCCGGAUCCAGAUUCCGUAGAUGGAUAUUCAGAAAAAUGUGUCAUGAACAAUUACUUUGGGAUUGGAUUAGAUGCAAAAAUUUCAUUAGAAUUUAAUAAUAAAAGAGAGGAGCACCCUGAAAAAUGCAGGAGCCGAACUAAAAACUUGAUGUGGUAUGGAGUCCUUGGAACCCGGGAGUUAUUACAGAGAUCAUACAAGAAUUUAGAACAAAGGGUUCAACUUGAGUGCGAUGGGCAGUAUAUUCCUCUUCCCAGCUUGCAAGGCAUAGCCGUGUUGAACAUUCCCAGCUAUGCUGGAGGCACUAACUUUUGGGGUGGAACUAAAGAGGAUGAUAUAUUUGCUGCACCAUCCUUUGAUGACAAGAUCCUGGAAGUUGUAGCAAUAUUUGAUAGCAUGCAAAUGGCAGUUUCAAGGGUCAUUAAACUGCAGCAUCAUCGAAUAGCCCAGUGCCGUACAGUGAAAAUCACUAUAUUUGGUGACGAAGGAGUCCCAGUGCAAGUGGAUGGUGAAGCGUGGGUUCAGCCUCCAGGGAUUAUCAAAAUUGUGCACAAAAACAGAGCACAAAUGCUAACAAGGGACAGAGCCUUUGAGAGCACUCUGAAAUCUUGGGAAGAUAAGCAGAAGUGUGAUUCUGGUAAACCAGUUCUCCGAACCCAUUUGUACAUCCAUCACGCCAUUGACUUGGCAACAGAAGAGGUGUCGCAGAUGCAGCUAUGCUCCCAGGCUGCAGAGGAGCUCAUUACUAGGAUCUGUGACGCAGCCACAAUUCACUGUCUUUUGGAGCAAGAACUGGCCCAUGCUGUGAAUGCCUGCUCCCAUGCCCUGAAUAAAGCCAACCCAAGGUGCCCGGAGAGUCUUACAAGAGACACUGCCACUGAAAUAGCCAUCAAUGUGAAGGCGCUGUAUAAUGAAACAGAAUCUUUGCUAGUUGGCAGGGUUCCUUUGCAGCUGGAAUCGCCACAUGAAGAGCGGGUAUCCAAUGCCUUACACUCUGUGGAGGUGGAAUUACAGAAACUGACAGAGAUUCCUUGGCUUUAUUAUAUCUUACACCCAAAUGAGGAUGAGGAACCUCCUAUGGAUUGCACCAAAAGAAACAACAGAAGCACCGUAUUUCGAAUAGUGCCGAAGUUUAAAAAGGAAAAGGUUCAGAAGCAGAAGACAAGUUCACAGCCUGUUCAGAAAUGGGGCACAGAGGAAGUUGCUGCUUGGCUGGAUCUGCUCAAUUUGGGAGAGUACAAAGAUAUCUUCAUCCGUCAUGACAUCAGAGGGGCUGAACUUUUGCAUCUGGAAAGGCGAGAUCUUAAGGAUCUGGGGAUACCGAAAGUGGGCCAUGUGAAGCGAAUUCUCCAGGGAAUUAAAGAGCUUGGAAGGAGCACUCCACAGUCGGAGGUGUAAUCAUAUUGGUGCUAUUCCUUGGAAGAGAAGUUAUUGCCACUUAAUACAAAGUCCUUGGAAGCAAGUGGCUGUUCUUGUAGUUUUCUGCAUAGAUAAGUAAGCACCACUGAAGCACCUCUGUGGCUUGAUAUUUUGCUGUGGGUGAAAUUUUGAUUUGAGGUAUUAGAAAAUAUUUUUGUGCCAAACAAUACAUUCCACAAAGCCAUUUUCUUUUUGUGCAAACCUGACAUGUUCAAAUAUAUUCACAAUAGUAAUAAGGUAGGAGGAAUCUGAGACGAUUGCAUUGUCUAAACGGUGGAAUUGCAAAAUGUUUACUUUCCAUAGAUCUGGUCUGAUGGAAUGUUCCUACUGUGCAACUGCAUAACAAGAUGUGGUUAAAACUUCCUGGGUUUCAUUACUGGGGGGGCGUUGGCCAUUUUCUUAAAAUCAUAGGUUAGGAGACUAAAAUAUAAAUUAAGUUGUGAUUUGAAUGUAGAUUGGUAUCACCUCCAACUCCUAGUGCUUAGUGGUCAAAGAAUAUGUUGAAAACCUUUCCAAUACUAUGAAUGAAUGCAAAUCUUAAUGCACGAUGUUCCUGCCUGAAAUGUCUUUCUUUUUCUUGCAUGUCACAUCUAAUACUGUAACACUUUAAAUAGCUUUCAUGUCAGUUUUAAUGUUAAUGGGAUUUAAUUUAUUACUAAAGUACAUUUUUGUUGGCUAAGGGCACUGCACUUUUCUGUUUUUUAAUGUGGGAUUUUGCGUAAAUAUUCUGUACCUAAGACUUUGCGAAAGUGUGUCUAUGCCAUAGUCAACAAAUGAUAUACAUCACAUGUAAGUCAAUUUUAUUUCAAUCUAUCAUAAGCAGUAGGCGUGCAUGUUAAGAAAAUUCUCUGGAUAUUUUCAUAAAAUUACAUGCUCCCUUACCUGACAAAACUUGUUACAGCUUUCCAAACCAAAAUUUCCACAUUUUGUUUCUAAUUUUUAAUUUCAGUUUAAUAAUUAAUAUUCUAUUUGAAUUUAUAAUAUAGUAAAGUGUUGAUAUCCAGGAAUUCCCCGAGGUCCCAACUGAGAUUUAUAUACUGACAGAUAACCCAGACUCACCCGCUCUCUACAGUGACUUCUGACACGAUCUUCCGAACAGAAGAGAUUUAAAUUUUUUCUUAAGGGCUUUAUGUUGUUAUUAUUAUUAUCUCACUUAAUUCUUAAUUCUUAUCAGGUGGAUAUUAUUUUCCUUUUUCUAAACCACUGUACUUCAGUGUAGCUUAUUAUUAGAAGUCAACAUUACAAUGAUCAAAUCUUUGAAAGCCAAAGGCAUACGUAUCAAAAAGUCACAAAAAUAUCCUUAAAUAAGCUUUCUUUAGCCAUUAUAUACCAAAACAUUAAUUAUAAUAUUUUAAAAUUUGUAUAUAAGAGAAAUAAACAGGGUACUGACUCAGUGGUGACAAUUUUUAUGAAGUAGCCUGCUAGGUGCUUAAUAGAUAUAUAUACACACAGAUAUAUACAUAUACACAUAUAUGUGUAUAUAUACAUACAUACACAUAUACAUUUAUAUGUGUAUAUAUAUACCUACAUACAUAUAAUCUUGUGAUAUGGCAUCAUUGAUAUUUUCUAGACAAUUAUUUCCCCAGUGUUUAAAGAGGAAUACUAUUAGGCGAGCAUUUAAAAUGAACUAUUGUCAGGCAUAUUAUUUAAUUAUAUCAAAGGAGUUUAACUGUUUGACACUUUACUCUUGCUUAUAACUUGGGUAUUUAACUACUUAUUGUCAGGCAUAUUAUUUAAUUAUAUCAAAGGAGUUUAACUGUUUGACACUUUACUCUUGUUUAUAACUUGGGUAUUUAACUACUAGUAAAAAAUCACAAAAUUUUAAUGUCUCUAAAAUAAAUGACCCUGAGGGAUUCCUGACCAACUAUGUCUGACUAUAUAUUUUACCUAAGUUGUAAAUAAAUGGAAAUUUUCCAAAGACAGUUAUAUCAAGUAGUUUAAAAAGUCAUGAGGCAGGGUGCUGUGGCUCACGCCUGUAAUCCCAGCACUUUGGGAGGUUGAGGUGGGUAGAUCACGUGAGGUCAGGAGUUCGAGACCAGCCUGACCAGUGUAUGAAACCCCAUCUCUACUAAAAAUACAAAAAUUAGCCGGGUGUGGUGGUGGGCACCUGUAAUCCCAGCUACUCGGGAGGCUGAGGCAGGAGAAUUGCUUGAACCCAGGAGAUGGAGGUUGCAGUGAGCUGAGAUCACACCACUGCACUCUAGCCUGGGUGACAGAGCAAGACUCCCAUCUCAAAAAAAAAAUAGUCAUGAAUUAUGCAAUUAUUCUAAUUGUAUCUGCACUUAUGAAGUCAGAGGUCUCCUUUUUCAGUCCCUCUGAUAGUCCCACCUAAGUGCUGUCCUGCUCCUGUGAACACUUUCCUGUGCAACCAAACAGGAGGUGCCAGGUUCCCAGAACUCUCUAACAUUACACAUCUCUGUCCAUCUCUACUAAAAAAAGGAAAUGUGAGGGAAAGAAGGGGAAGAACUAGCAUAAAUAAUGUAUUAAUAUAAAUAUCUAUAUUGAUUUUCACCCCCCAUUCCCCUUUGCUAAUAGAAAAGAGUCUAGCUAUGACGUGUCCCAAAUUUAAGAGUGUGAUAUGAAGGACUGAAUUUUUGUUUGUUUGUUUGGUGAGCUUUUCACUCGUAGGUGACAUCUUUUGUAUAUGCUGUAAAGUCUCAGUUAAUGGAAUCCUACAGUGCAUUUCUGGCUAGCUCGGUUGGUAGAGCGUGAGUCUCUUAAUGGAAUCCUUAAUUAGCUAGAAUUUUCCUGCAAAUGGCUUUGGAUGAGGGAAAUUCUAUAAAAUGACAAUUUGGAUAUACUUUUUGUUAAAUGAGAGCAAUUUUCUCUGUGUGCUUUGUCUAUGCAUGGCUGUGCAGGGCCCAAAUGACUUCACUGACACCUGUUUCCAGGAGGGGGUCUUCAGAGCCUCCUUAGGCUCUUGUCAGUAUCAUAAAUAAUUCCUCUUCUUAUAGCAGAUGGGGUUACCAAAAAAAAUAAAAAGUAGGGAAGAGCUUCUCCAUGGGAUCGGAUCACAGCUUUGGGGAGUGGGAUGGGGCCUCUAUGCUUUGAUGUAUGCAUGAGCUGGGGUGAGAAGUUCCCACCUGCACCUGACUGCAAUGACUGUAAUGGCUGGAAUUGUCAGCUCUUCUCCCUGAUAGGCUCUUCCUCACCUGGAGGAUCGGGGCUGGUGGGAGGGCAGGGAAGGGGAGGCCAUCAGCCAUAAUGUAUUUUCUUUCAGUUCCAUUUCCUGAGGAAGAACUUGCUUUUAAAGGAGGAAAGGGACAGAAUCAGACCUAAAUAAAAUUCCUGAGUAUGCAAUAUUUCUCUUUAGUGUCUCUUCACCUCCCUUUCUGAGUUUCUUUCCUACAUUCUGGCUCUUCAUUUUCCCAAUGCCCAAUAUAAUCAUGGUUGCUGACAUUCUCACUGCCUUCUACUUUCCUUUCCCCAUCAAUUAACCCACUACAAAAUGACCCCUUUCAUUUCUCGCUUAAGCAUACAUGGUGGGUCAUUUAACUAAGUGUUGGGAAGAAAACAAUUUAAAGACACUAAUUUUACAGUUUGCGUUCUGUAAAAGGAUACUUGCUAGAUAAUCUAAAUGAAUUGAUGGAUUAGGUCAUUUGGGAUAGUGAUAUAUAUUGUUCUUGCUGACAAGAAAUGACCCAUGAAUGUCUAGAUCUAUCCUGUCCGAUAUUGUAGCUACAUGUGGCUAUCUAAAUUUAAAUGUAAUUUAAUUAAGCCAGGCAUAAUGGCACAAGCCUGUAAUUCCGGUGACUCAGGAGGCUUAGGAGGGAAGAUGGCUUCAGGCCAGGAGUUUGAGACCAGCCUCGGCAACAUAGUGAGACCCUGUCUCUGAAAAAAAAUUUUUUUUAACUAGCUAGGCAUGGUGGCAUGCGCCUGUAGUCCCAGCUACUCUGAAGGCUGAGGUGGGAGGAUUGCUUGAGACCAGGAGUUCAAGGCUGCAGUGAGCCAUGAUCAUGCUACUGCCCUCCAGCCUGGGCAGCAGAGCAAGACCCCUACUCUUUAAAAAAAUUAAUUUAAUUAGAAAUUCCAUUUCUCAGUUGCACUAACUACAUUUCAAGUGUUCAGUAACCAUAGUGGACAGUGCAGUUGUAGAAAAUUUCCGUCACUGCAAAAAUUCUAUUGGACAGCACUGGUGCAGAUCAUUGCUACUCAAAAUGUGAUCCAUGGGCCAGCAGCAUCAAUAUUACCUGGGAGCUUACAGAAAUGCAGAAUUUCAGGCCCACUUCAGAUCUACUGAAUCAAAAUCUUCCUUUAGCAAAAUUUCUCAAACGAUUAGCACUGGCCUACAUCCAUUUUAUCCUUCCUUAGCUAUUAGGGAUGUGAGGUCCGAGGGCUUCAAAAGGUCCCCAGAAUAGCUUGUUCCUUCAUCCACUGUGUCCUAUUCAUUCUUCAGCUAAUUCCAGCAAUGAGCUGAAACUCAUUCAUCACCCUUGCUGAGUUUUCUUCUCAAUCCUUAUUCCUAAUUCUGGUUCUAGAUGAGCCCUACCUACCCAGUGGUUGUAUUUUGGUAGCCAAUGUGGGACAUAGAAGAUUGGCAGACCAACACAGCUGGCCUCUCUCUAGCCCUCCCUCCACCUCUAAGUCACUAACAAUCCACGUUUGUUCAGUUUGUUGACAUGUGGCAUGUUCAUUUGUUCACAACUUAAUCACGGGGAACAUUUCAGAAAAAUGUGUACUGAGAUAAGUUAAAACCAUGUUUAGUCUCCUACAACUUGUACAUUUUCAUUUUCUCUUAUCAGUAGAUUGUCCUUGUUGACAUAGCUCAUGCAUGAGGACACAUAGCAGUACACACACAUUGAGUGAAUUGUUAGUCAUGCAAAAAAAGAAAAGGAAUGAACCAAGAUGAUUGCAAGUUAAUCUCAUUUAAGCCCUCUAAAAAGGCAUGCUUUGCUAGAUUUAGAUCUGUUUUCCUUACACUCACUUAUCUUGAUGUUCACAUGGUUAAUAAUUCCUUAAAAUAGUGCCUGAAGAAUAAUAUUUCAUAUUCUUCACCCCCAAAUAACAGUUUACUUAAUUCUAUAAUAAGAUUUUUCCCAAUGAGACUUAUUGUCAGGAAUCCUUCUCUUAAUAGCUUUUACAUAUUAAUAUAAUGUAUCAAAACACAAUUGCCUAGAGAUGCUUUAGCUAAUUUUUAUUAAUAAAGAGGACAAUAUUUUUGUCUUCAUGGAACUUAUUUUUAACAGGAAUCAAGGAAGAAAAUAUUCGUGCAGAGCUGUGACUUAGAAAGUUAUAGGGGCUGCCACUAUAGAGCACUUCUAAAGUAAAACAUCUUCUAUCUCCAACUGGGCUGUCAACAUAGUGGACUUUCAUGCUCUAUGGAUAUGAAUUCUUUAAGGAUAUAACCCUUAAUUAAGCUGUAAAAACGAGGCAUCUCUCAACCUUGACAUUUAGGAUCUCUCCUGUCUGCCCCCUCUGCGCCCCACUCCAAUUAACUCAUCCUACGUCUCUCAGAUGUAAGUUGGAUAAGAGUGGGUUUGAAGUUUGGUAAUACAAGUGGCAGUUUUAAAACACCAAAUUCUUUAGAUCAGCCGAAAAGAAGAGUGAGAAUUGAAAAUUCCUCCACUAGUAAUUGUUAGCCAAUAGAAUAGCCUCCCAGAGCAGUCCCCACAGCACUUGGUUGCCAUGGGUUUCUCUCCUCUCACUGCCUGCCCCAGUGCCAUGAUGUCUGGGGCUUGUCUCUUCUGUGGCAUCCCCUGAUUGACUUCUGUAUAGCAACCUCUGUGUCAAGUCAGUAAUAUGAUGCCAUUGUAAUAGGAGGCCUUCCUAAAGAAGUAACUGCAACUUUUAAAACGUGAUGAUUAUUGGUUUUUAUAAUACACAAAGCGUUAAUUUUUUCUUAUCUUACUUUCUCUUUAUUAUUUCUUUCCAAGUUUUGUUUGGAGACAUUUAUGUUAGAAGAAAAACUAUAAAGUUUUAUCAUUGUAGAGAACAGAGAGAUCAAAGACAGCUGGACUGUACCUGUUUGUGUAAUUAUUUCUGAUAUUUUUAGGAAAAGAAGUUUAACAGAGUAACUCAGACUGAGACUGUUAAACUCUGUUCAUGAUAAACUCCAUAUUACAUAAUAUAGGUGAACAGAUUAAUUCCCUCCAUGUAACUAAGAUAUUCUAUUUACAUUAUUUAUAUACUCUCUUAGUUUUUUAUGCACUUCCAAGUUUUAGUUGGAAAAAUGAAAACCAAGCUACUACUUAAAAGUUAUUAAAAACUUCACAUAAAAUAUUUCAUUUUAGCUACAAGUUAUUCAUUGCAUAGGAUUUUAUAAAUAGUCUGGGUAUUUCAUAGGAACUGCAUUUCAAAAGUGAAUUAACCAAAACUAAAAAAAGGGUUACUUUUAAAAUGCAUUAAAAUAAAGAAGUUUCAUACUCAGUUGAUAAGGCCAUUAAGGUAGGAUAAUGCAGUUAUAUAUACAAACUAAAAAAGGAAAAAGAAUAUAUUUUGUGGUCCUUAAUGUUUGAUUGCACUAUUGUUUCCCACAGCUUAGCCAUAUCUAUUUCUGUAUACCAAGUAUUAAGCUGAUAUGUAGCUAAAUAUUUCUUACAGUUCUGGUAACUGGUAACUAGUGCUGUGAAAGGUUUUGGUAUUGUAACAUCCCCAGUUUUGUGAGUUAUAUAUUGUAUAUUGAAGAUGACUAGUAAAUUCAAGUAAUAUAUUUAUCUACAGCUGGGAAAAUACAAUUAUUUUCAAAUCUUCAAGUAAGUUGUAUCGAAUGUUUUUCUUCCUCUUGAGAUAAAUCUCACUUUUAUGUUAAAAUGUCUAUUUAUACAACAGGUUUCUCCUUUUGCUGUUAUUAAUUUUCAUAUUAAAAUUUUUCUUAUCUUUUUAUAUCAAAAUAAUUAUGCUGGCUAUUCAAACUGCCAAGAUGUAUUUUAGUUUGCAGGAUUUUUGGCAGACAAAAUAUUUAAUAACAAAUAUAAAAGCUUUGUAUAUUUUGUGGCAUUAGGGGCAAGAAUUUUACCUUUGGAUUUCUCUAUGUGAGGCAGUGCUGGUAUCAGCAAAGUCAGUAACAGACAGUAUUACUUGUAAUCAUCAAAAGAAGGUUUCCACAAGUUGUAUAAAUCAGUGCAUUUAUUUAUUAUGUUGUGAAACUUAAGCUUUAUAUGAAAUACAUAUUCUAGCUCUUUUCCUUUUUACUGCUGUUGCUUAGAGUGUAUAGUUCUGUUGAUGAUUUACUUAUGUACUUGAAGUACUCAUUUCUGUCAAACAGAUGCCCAACUAUUUUCCUUUUAAAAAACUGUAUUCUUUACUGUAAUAGAUAGUGGAAUAGUAAUAGACACUUUGUUAAAAAAAUAAGUUUCAUGUUUAAAAUAAAUAUUUUUUUAAAAUAUAAAGCCAAAAUGAAAUCACCAAUAUUAAGGAUUUAAUGUAGCCAAGGGAUUCAGUGUGUUAUAUUUUGCCAAUAUGUAUUUUAUCUUCAUGUCACAACUUAUUUUCUGUAGCAUUCUCAGUUUUAGUUGAAGAGAGAUCUCAGUGAUUGUACUGCCAAUAUGACAUUCAAAUGAACGUUAGGAAUCUUGAACCAUGGCUGAGCGCCGUGGCUCAGGCCUGUAAUCCCAGCACUUUGGAAAGCCGAGGGAGGUAGAUCACCUGAGGUCAGGAGUUUGACACCAGCCUGGCCAACAUAAUACAAAAAUUAGCCAGGCAUGGUGGUGGGUGCCUGUAAUCCCAGCUACUCAGGAGGCUGAGGCAGGAGAAUUGCUUGAACCCAGGAGGUAGAGUUGCAGUGAGCCAAGAUCUCACCACUGCACUCCAGCCUGGGCGACAGAGUGAGACUCUGUCUCAGGGGGAAAAAAAAGAAUUUUGAACCCCCCAAAAUAUCACAUAUCUAGCAGUUCUUGGUUCCAGGGUGGAUAUUUUUAACAUAUGUUUGCAUUUGGUUCUGGGAUAGUAACCGUUAUGGAUAAUUGUUUGUUUCUGUCAAGUCAGUGAGAUUUUAAUUGUUUGAAUUAUUUCUAUUUAAAAUUACUCCCAAUUUAACUGUUUAAAAACCUAAAAAUCUAAAACAUAAUGGCACAACAUACGACACAGAAUAAAACACAUGUUUUCAAGGAAGAAGAAAAAACUGUUUUGACUUAAUGUGAAGCAGGGGUUUACCAAAGAAAAUUGCUUUAAUAAGCCCUAACUUUAACUGUUUUCUUCUAUGUUACAGUGUUAGCGGUUGAUGUAUUGUGUACUGUUUAAGAACUCAUAAGAGACUAAUAAUUAAUUUACUAUAAUUUUAAAGGCAAAGAGUUUUAUAUUAAUUUUACUGUUGCACAAGCAGUUAUUGGAGGUGGGGGAAAAAAAAGAAAACCGGUGAGAGAAAUUACAUGGAAAUUAUAGGAAAAAUGAACUUGAAUUGGUAAUUUGGCAAAGAUUUGGGAACAAAUAGUUUGAACAUAGAUUUCUUUCACCUUAUAUGAUAGAAACACAAAGCACACGUGAGCUGUAUAGUGUGCUGAGCACACCCCCACAAAACAAAAAAUAUCACAUUGAUGAAGUCCGAGACUGUAUCUAGAUCUUAGCAUAACUAGUGAAUUCAGGGAGCACAUCCUGCUGUUGAAAUUGAGAAGUCAGUAAGAAGGUAGUUCAGAUGACCUAAUCAUUCAAGACAUUUGAUGGAGUCCACACAAGGGUUUAUGAUGUGGGGCAAAUAUCUGUGCUUUCUCAUCUCAGUGAUUGAUGUCUGGAGAACUAGUCAGACACAGUUAGCUGGUUCCUAUAGAAAAACACCAGUAGAUGUGGAUCAGACCAUACCCUGCAGACCAAGGAGAUUUUCUUAAACUUGCUAAGCCUUUCUUAAAUUUGCCAAGUAUUAGCAAUGAUAAUUGCUAAAUGGAUUUUUUCCUUUCACUGAAACAACAAAACAAUUAUUGAAAUUCACAAUACCUAGAGAUGGGAACAUGGUUUAGGUUUAUCAAGUUCUGUAACUGACUUUGGCAUUGGCUCAUUGUUUCCUUUCUACAAGUUAUGUUUUGGUGACUUGGUGUCCCCAGUUAGAAAUGGCACACAAUAUUAUCAGUUGUUAGUACUUGGUAACGUUUCUUUUACUAAAGGAAUUAUAUAAGUAUGAAUCAUACCUAAUUUUACAAUUUCUUUCCCACGGUCAUUUUAGAUAUAAAGAUAGACUUCCCAGGCAGUGAGGUUAGAAAUUAGAAGUUCAAAUUGAUAUCCCUGAUGUUCAAUUUAAAAAUGAAAGUAAAGUUAAAAUUAGUAGCAUUUGUACCAGAGUAGAUUAUAGGUAUUUUCAUCUGUUAUAUUACAUGUUCAUAUUAUUCAUUUUAGGAUAGGCCAAAACUCACUUCUAAAAUCUUCAAAAAUUUUGAAUAGUUUCGUUUUUUCAAUACUUAAGCCAAACGACAAUUUUAUAGAUGUGAAUAUAUAUUUUUUAAAGUUAAGUCCUUCAUAUCUUUUCUUAGUUUAACUCCCGAAAGAGGAAAAUGUCUCUUUAAACCAGUAGUUAAAAAGAUGGAGUAUGUGAUGUUCCUUUCUCUGUACUGAGUUCUGAAUGUUUAAUCCAGCAUGGAUCACUGACUGCGUUCUCUGACUGUGGAAUGGUAUUCUUUCAUGCAAAGUACUUUCAAAACUUCCCAUAAAGAAACUAAACUAGAGAUUGUAUUUAUUAAUUAAUGGAACUCUGGGUAUGAUUAAGGGAAUUAAAUUGGAAAGUAGAAUAACCUAGUUAAAAUCAUUAUAUUAGUUAUACAUGAGAGUCAGUGAACGAUGACUUGAUUUUUACAUGACGUUUGAAUUCUGUCACUAUCUGAUUCUUGACCUAAAGGUUUCUUUGCUAAAUCUGAUAUUUAUUAUAGUAUAAUAUGAUAAUUUGGAGCUCCUGUUGCAUCUCACUGCCCCAAAAAUGUUGGAAUGCCAUAUGAUACAGGGAAAAGAUUGGAGUUCAUCACCAUGGAAUUUUGAUUUGUCUUAAUGACACAACUUAAUUUUCAUGAUGAUAGAUCUCUGAAUGAUUAAUCCAGAAUGAUUUGGUACAGUGACUGGAAGAAAUUGUUUUUCUGGGAAUUUGCUUCCCAUAAUGACCUGAUAUACAGGUGACCUUAGUAUAAUUGAAAUUAAUUAUAAUUUUAAUUAGAACAUGCUGUUUACAGAUUAUAAUUGUGCAGCAUUUUAAAAAAAUAUACAUAAUUAUGAGGAUGAGAGAAUUGCAAACUUGAACAGUUCUUUUGUUUUCUCUCCUUUCACUUGAAAAGCUUUCAGAAAGCUUUUGAAAGAUGACACAGUUUUCAUAGCAACAGUAUGCAAAUUAGGUUUUUCUGCCAAGAAACUCAUAAACUAAAGUAUGGAAUAACACAAAUGCUUAAUCUUAAUCUUGGCUUUGGAUUUUGUAAGCAAAAGCAUUUUCUGCAUCAAUUUUUUUCAGUAUGCAGUUGCAUAUUUCAUUUUUUGAUUAUGUCAAAAGUUGAAUUCUCAUUUUAUGCUGUGUUUCUCAUUAGUUGCAGUAAAGUGUUGAUUUCAUUGCUGCCUUUCAGGCCUUCAUCAUACAAACCCUCACCAUUUUUCACUCCUGUGCUUUUGCCAUAGGUUUUUUUUUGUUUUUUGUUUGUUUCCAGCAACUAGUUUUUCUACUUUCACUCUUUCCCACCAGAGUGGUCUCUCUAAAACAAAUUUGCUAAAGUUCUUAAGUAGGCUCUUUUUUCUCUAAAUUACAGAAUAGCAAACUAACUCCUAAGCAAGAUGAGUCAGUGUCUAUGACCUCGCCUCUUUCUUCCUUUUUAGUAUCCUCACCAACCUUCCCUCUGUUGACUUUUGUAAUCCAAGAAUUUGGAGCUACUUAUGACUUAGUGCCUUGGCAUAAUCACAUGCCAUAGAUGAACAUGUUCAAGACUCAGUUCAAAUUUAACUUUCUGUGAAGCCCUACCUGACUUCCCUAGGCAGGUAUUUCCUCCAUGCCUAUAGUAUAUUGAAACUUUUUCUGUUAAAAUAACAUAACAUUUCAAUUACACACACACAACCUGUCUCUUCCACUGAAUUUCUCUCUCCCCCUUUGUAUUCUCAGUGUCUAGCUACACAUAAUAGGACUUUGAUAAAUAUUUUUGAAUGAAGGUAAUAUAAAACUCAAACUUCUCUAUAUUUGUGUACUUUCACAAACAAAGGCUUAGAAUUCCACAUGAAAGUCCACAUGAGGUAAGUGUGCAUUCAUGAGCAUGUGUGCACUCUGGGCAAACCAACAGAAGAUAAACAGCAAGCAAGAGCAGUUGUUUUGUAAAAAAUAAUCAUCUGUUAGCUGUAAAUCAGAAAUAUUGGCCAAAUCAGAAUUCUUGUUUCUAAAAUGAGGCUUCUAAAAUUUUCACAUAACUGCCAAACUCUUAUUUGUAAUUCUUAAAUAUGCCCUAAAGAUCAUCUUUCUCUUUUAUAGACAUUUAGUGUAUACAGUCCACAUAAAUACAUAUACUGAUUACCUACAGACAAUAAUGAGACUUCAGAAAGAAUCAAAAGCAAUAGUGAUGGUGGAAUUUUUAAAUAAUAUUCAGCUGGGGGUAAAUAGACUGAGUUUGUGUGAUUUCAGGUUAUUUAGAGUUAUUAAUGUAAACGUAAGAAGGCUUGUGACUAUUAUCACCCUCUAUAGAAUAUAAAGACUAAAAAUAAAAACUAUUACCUAUGGGCCUGUUUUUCUUUGGGAUUAGAUAAAGCCUUUCUACCAUAUCACCAAAUACUCAUAAAGGCUAACACAGAAAGCUUUUCCAAGUUAAUAAUUUCUAAAAUUAAAUAUCAGGGCCAGGCGUGGUGGCUGACACCUGUAAUCCCAGCACUUUGGGAGGCUGAAGUGGGUGGAUUACCUGAGGUCAGGAGUGCGAGACAAGUCAACAUGGUGAAACCUCGUCUCUGCUAAAAAUACAAAAACUAGCCAGGCAUGGUGAUGCACACCUGUAAUCCCAGCUACUCGGGAGGCUGAGGCAGGAGAAUUGCUUGAACCCAGGAGGCGGAGGUUGCAGUGAGCCGAGAUUGCACCACUGCACUCCAGCCUGGGUGACAGAGUGAGACUCUGUCUCAAAAAAAAGAAAAAAAAUCAAAAUAAUUGUAAUUAACUGAAAUGCCCUGUUCCUUCAUUCACUUGAUGGACUUUUCUACCUGCUCUAUACUUGGCACUCAGUUAGAUUCUGGGGAUACAGAUCAAAUAAGACAAAGCUCCCGUCUGGUAGAGUCUAAGUUUGUUUUCACAGUUAUUUUUCCACAGUCUGUUUAAGGUAUUAGGAGGACUUUUAUAAACCGAGUGUUUUUCAGGUUACUUCAGAGAGGAGUCUCCUUCCACCCAAAAAAACUAACCAAAUUAUUUUAUCAUAAAGAGGUAAUCCCAUUUUUAUGUCCACAAUUUUUACAUUUUUGUGUCAGCCACCAAUAAUUUGGACUGUUUUGUCAAGUACAUAUUUCAUCAAUCGUAUUUCCACAGCCAUGCAUGUGAUCCCAGUGACUGAUAGAUCUGUAGAAUGUGAACUCAAAUUUAAAGUUUAUUUUAGGAAGGCAUAUAUGCCUUUUGAUGACACACACACCAAAAUAUAUAAGAGCUGUGCGUGGUAAACCCACAGUAGAAGGGAAAAAGUAAUGCUUUCUGGUAUACUUCAGAGGCUCCAUUUGAAGAUGUGCGUUGAUGUUUCCUUGAUUAUUUUGAAUGAGGAGUAGGCGGUAAUAAUAUUUAACAGGUAGCAUACGUAUCUAAGCAUAUAGUAAAUAUUACUAGUACUUGUGUGCCAUGAGGCACUAAUACAUAGGUGAAACAAAAAUAUUUUUAGUUCUAAAAAAUUCUCUAGAUAUUUAUGGAUGGUUAGGCAAUAGGGUUCCUUCAUGAGAAGGAAAAAACUGUAUCUUUAUUGUCAGUAAGUAUGGAAAAAACCCGACUUGUAUGUGUAUUCACAGUUUGAUAGGCAUAUUUUGAAGUCAUUGUUUUCCAUCAAUAUUAAGUAUCAUCCAUUUCUAUGUUCUCUAGCAAAAGAAAAUUCUUAGUGUGAUACAGCUUUACUCUUCGUUUGACUUUGUACAAGGUCCACAAAAGGAGGAGGCUCAAAAGAUUGGACACUUUACCCUGACAUUCAGCACAUUCAUUUUAUCUUUCGAUAAAGAUAACGAGAAAUCAUUUGCCUCUUGUUUAUCAUCAUGUUGAAAACACAACAGUAUAGUUCCUUUUGUCCCUUACAUUGGAAAAGGUAUUUUAAAUUUAGCCUUGCCGUAUUAUUUAUAGUUAGGAAUUUACUACGUUUUGGUAGUCUGUUUUGAAACUAAGCACUUGUGUCUGAAAGAUGCAGAUAAUAUCUAUCUAUUACACAGUGGGCUCUGUUUGCUGCAGAAAAGAGUGAACCUUUUAACUGCUUAGCACACUUGCCAGUGAAAUAUACCUGACAGAGCAGAGGUUAUAACUUUGGCUCUAAUUACUUUUAGUAAUGGUAAGACAACGUGAGUUUUGUUUGUUUACAUGCUGUUUACAAUGGCAUAAUUUUUAAAAUAUAUACAAUUGAGAUAUUUAUUGCCUACUAUUUUAAAGAUGUUUUAUGUGUUUUCACCUUUGGAAUAUAUUGUUACAUUUCCUUGUACAGAUAAUUUUGGUGGCUUUGUUAAUGUAGCUAGUAAUUUUUAUGACUACUAAGUGACCAGUUUUCGGUGCCUUUUAUUGUGGGAUGCAUGAUUAUGUAUUUAUUGUACGGAAGUCACUGAUGUGUGUAUUUUUGUACUUUGCCGAAAGUGAUGGUUGAUCCUGAUGUACAUGAUGAUGAAAGACAUCUUUCCCAAAGGGCACUGCCUUGAGAUCAUCUUUCUCAAAUAAAAAGAAUGCAUUUGAAGAAA